AUGAAACAAGAAGAUCGAGGAAAUACAAAAUCCAAUACUCCUAAUCAAGUAUCAGCCCAUGGUCGGAAGCAGAAAGCAUCAAAUAGUAGAUCUAGCCGAAGUCGAAAAUCUAAAGACCGUGCAUCUAAAAGGAAGUCUCAUGCCAAAGGUAAUGAAUCUUCCCAACCGGCAGAUGCUUCUGCUUUAAAACGUAAGAAAAAUGAACGUUCCAAAACCGUACCUGAAAAGACUCGUAGUAGUGGUCGUUGUACACGUUCUUCAACUUCUGCCGUAGUUGCUAAGUCUACACCAAAAGCCAAAGUAUCCAACGCAUCAACAAAAGAAACUUAUUCUUAUUCUGAUAUGUUUCUUGCGGAUGAUGAUGAACACGAUUCGGAUGAAAACGUUGAUGUUGGGGAUGAAGAUAGCGAAUAUGCUCCAUCUGAUGAAGAAACUCUUAAUAAAUUGUCAAAAAUAUCAAAGUCUCGUAAGGGAGUUUCUUCACGCACACGCCGAAGUUCAAAGGCCCAGUUGACAGUCAGUAGUGAUGUGGAAGAAGGUGGAUCCACUGACGAAGACGAAGCUGGAGAGUCCGAAUCAGAAGAGGAAGAUGAGGAUGAUGAAGAACUGGGAGAUUCUAUUUUAAUGGAUCAUUCUGGUGUUAAUGGUGGUAUGCCAAUACAGUUAUUUGAAGAUGAAAGCAAUCAUAUACAAAGAGAUAUUUAUGAUUUCGAUGCACAAAGCAUUAUUUCAGAUAAACGUGUUACUUCAUUAAAGAAAAAGAUACCAACAAAUGCUGUCAAUCGUGGUAUGAAUGUAACGUCAGCUAGUCGGUCAACGCGUAGAACAGCUUCUGGAAAAGGAACUAGUUGGGGAUCGAAUAUUUAUAGUGCUCUUGCAGCUGCUCUUAAAACACGCGCAGAUUUAGAUGCUUAUUCAAGUUUCUUGAAAUCAAAUGUUUUAAAUGCUAGUUUCGAUAAAUUUUUAGCGGAAAUCUGUAAACCUAGUAAUCAACAUGCUAAUUUAUUUUAUGGUGCAUCUGCCAGUUUACAAAGUCUCAUGAGUCGUAUUAAUGAUCAUGAUAAAGUAGUUGAACUAUUGCAUGCAUUUGUCGCACGUCCAUAUGAUCAAUUACAACAUCGUAUUGUUUAUUUAAUACCUAUAAUUCAUCAACCAUUGUUUGGUGUUGCUCAUAUGACACCAAUAAGUCAACAUCUUGAAACACUUAGUAAAGAUAUUGAUGAAGAACUAAUUAUUAAACCAGCUUAUAUUCUUAAUCAAGAGACAAAUUUACUAGCAAUUCGUAGUUCUGUCGCAAGUGAUUUUGGUGUAUCAAAUACCCAGUAUAAUUUUAUUACUGGUGCUGGUAAUCUUGGAAGAUACAUGCCAGAUAUUCAUCAAUUAAUUGUUCCAUCGGAUUUGUAUCAAAGAUUAACUGAACUAGUUGCAUUGCCUCCAGAGCGAAUUUAUGAAUUAGCUCUUGCCAGAGUACAUCAACAAGACGAGGAAGCUGAUAUAGAUAUUAGUCCACUUGAACCACCGAAUUUACAAAGAAUUGUUUUAGGUAUUAAUAAAGAAGGUCAGUUGAUUGGGAUAGCAAUUUUAGACACAUGGAAUAGUACUGAAAUUCCACAUAACAGACCAAAAGCUCCUAUCGAUCUAAUUAACAUAACUUCAUUAUCGGACAAAACUUCUUUUUCAGUAGACCAACAUGGUACAGAAGAAGCAAAUCGUCAAACUAGAGAGGAACAAGUUCGUGAAGUGCUAGAUAACAUUAUUGAUUGGGUUGUUUUAAAAUCUGAUCCUAAAGAUUAUAGUUCACUAGCAAAACGUGGAAACAAGCAAGAGUCUUCUCCACUUGGACCAGUACGUUUUAUAGAUGCAUUUAUUGUUAAACCAAAUGGACGUCGAGAUACUUUACUAUUAGUUGCGCAUCCUGUUAGUUGUCAUCCAUCUGAAAAUGCUGUUGAAAAUGAUAAUUUCUUUGUUUAUUCUGUUGUUGAUGAAUCAAAGUUUUGUCUAGAAAAACAUGGAUUUAUGCCAGAAUUAUCUAUAGCACUUGAUGGUGUACAUACAGUUGAUCCAGAAGAUAUACUUGAAGAUAAAUCUUUGUUAGUAGUUCCUGAUCUUUUAUUUGAUACUUUACGGAAAGUUAUGCUACGUGAAUUGGCCAGUUCUAGUAGUACAGCUGCUGCUGCUGCAGCUGUUGUUGCUUCGUCGAGACCAGACACUACAACUCUUCCAUUGACAUCAACUGGUCCUGCAGCUGUAAUUCACUGUACAAAAUUUGUCAUACUCGAUCGCCAAAGGCGUGUUCCACUUGCGAUUGCAUUUGAUUCACCUGUUCGCCUUACUCUCCAGGUAGCAGAUGAUAAGCUUGGUUUACACCCCCACGGUGAAGCUGCUUCUGUCAAUUUCGAUCAAAUCACUCCUUCAGAGUUAAAGUCAUAUGAGUCAUCAUUUAAGCCAACUUCUGCUGAAUAUCGUUUAGUUGCUAUAAACGGUUUGCUGUAUGGUUUACAAAUCGACGAUCAACGUGUUAUUCGCCGUAUUAUUGAGAUUGUUCCCGCUCGCUAUGAUUCCAUAUAUCCUCAUACAGGAAAUCCAUCACUUUGUGCACAGUCUAUCUCUGCAGCUCACAAGUCUUGUCCGUCUAACGUUCGGAUAGUGAAUGAUGAGACUAACAGUUCAACUGUUUUACCAGCAUUUUAUUAUCCUCAUUAUGAACAAACCAAAUUAUGUAGUGUUGUUUCUGGUUUCACCGAUCAUUUGUGCAGUCUGUUUUUCGAAUUGCCUGUCUCAGUUAGUUUGUACGAUGUUGUUUUACGUAUGGCACAAAAAUAUAUGCCAGAGAUUUUAGCUAGACAGCAUAUUGAGGCAGCAGAGGCUGCAGCUUAUGCUGAAGCUGCUGCAAAUCCUCAUGCUCCUCCGCCAUCACCAGUUCCUCUUCCUGAACACUGGGGUGUUUGUUGUUUAUGUGCUAAAGAACUGCGUUCACCAAACGGUUUGUUGGAUCAUGAAAUGAGACAUUUAGGUCUCUCUAGGUUCCGUUGUGGAGUUCAUAAUGUUUCGUUCCUUGAUCGGCGAUCAUGGCAAGUUCAUAUGAAUGAACACCACGCAUGCCCACGUUCAGGUCCUUUAUCUGUUCUUUUACGUCCGAAUCCAGUUAAUCAAAAUGAUUCGGGAAGUGACCAAGAAGAAGAAGAAGAAGAACUAGUUGAACAGGACACUGUCCCAGGUAGUGGUUUACUCGCUGGACUUGCAAACGUAUUCAACACAAAUCUUUUAAUUGGUCGAAUGGAAGCUCCACAAUGCGAAAAAUGUAGUGAUUAUUUCCCAUCAGCAGAAGUACUUGCACAACAUUUAGACUUUUGUGAUGGUGUUAGUUUCUCUCUUCGUACUCCUUUAUCUCGAAUCGGCAGUGGUGUUCCAAAGCCUAUCCUGGCAGAUGAUUCAUACACCAGGUCUGGAGAUGAUGCAACUGUAGAAGCUUCUGGUCCAAAUGCUGAUGAAGUGACAUCAGACUCCAAAGAUGAUGCAUGUGUUUGUGGUAUCUGUGGAACCCAAGUCAAUUCACGUGAUAAAAUACUUCGACACUUCACUGUUUAUCACCUUCAAUGCAUUUUGUGUAAUAACAUCCUUCGGUCAAUGGAAGAAUUGUCUGAUCAUUAUCACACACACAUAAAAACAGAUGCACCAAAUGCUUUGGAAGAAUUUGAGAAUGAGGAAGCUGAACUAUUGAAAAGUGAUCCAGAUAAAGAAGUAAAUCUCAAGGACGGUAUAAAUAAAAAAUCAGCAAAUAAACUGAUGACAUGUGACAUUUGUACAGAGUUUUAUGGAACGAAGUUUAACUAUUAUUUUCAUCAGUGGGCAGAACACGGAGUAGUACAUCCAGGUGACGGAGUGUCGGAAAAUAUGCUUCAUAUGCUCACCCAAACACGACAUCUUCGACAACGUGUCGAUAAAGAAGAUCUUUCUUCUCUCGGUAUUCGUAAAAUGAAAUGUAAACUAUGCGGAUUUGUUGUUCGUUGCAGUGGAAAAGAUUACGUACAACAUCUGAGUGAAAAACACAAUAUCAAUACCACUCUUGAGGAUAUUUGUCGUAUUUGCGCUGAUGUUUUUGAAACUCCAGAGGAUCUUUCUGCUCAUCUUGGUGAAAUACAUUUUCCCACCGGAGAAUUUGCCAAUGCCGGUGUUCAGACAAUAUUUCGUUGUACACAUUGUGAAUUUUGGGGUUUCAAUAAAGGUUUGUUAAGACAUUCUCGUGAAGUACAUGAUGAUCCUUGCCCGUCUAUAUAUGAAUGUAUCCACUGUUACGAGAGAUUCACUGAUAAAAGAGUAUGGCGUGCUCAUAUGGAUAAACAUAAUGAAGGUUAUUCACACAGAUGCAUGGAAUGUGGACGGGCAUUUCGGUUAAGACCUUCUCUCCUUCAUCAUAUGCGUUGUCAUCAUGGGGAUGAUCAAGGGCCAGCAACUUGCGAAUACUGUGGCUUGAUUUAUCCUAAACGAUCGUCGUUAAGAUAUCAUAUCUUCCGUAUGCAUAAUCAGGAACUAGCUCAUGAAUGCUUCAUGUGUCAACGACGUUUCCGUCUAGAAACAGAACUUCGACGUCAUGUAAAGGAAAUGCACAGUGGAGCUGUCAAAUGUGAAAUAUGUCAUAAAGUAUGCGCUAACCUAAGAUGUUAUGCUCAACAUAGACAAAAACACUUUCGUACUCGUAUUUAUCAGUGUACUGAUUGUCAAACAACAUUCAAGAGCAAAUUGGCUAUGAAACGUCAUAUUCGAGUAGAACAUUUACAACUAGGUCCUGAAAAGUUCGAAUGUCAGAUAUGUGGAAAGAUUGUUACACAAAUUGGCAUGCAUAUGUUAAUACAUAAAGAAGCACGUUUUGAAUGUGAAUAUUGCAAUAAACGAUUUACUAAAGCUGCCUAUUACAAUGAACAUCUUCGAAUACAUCGUGGUGAACAACCAUUUGAAUGUCAUAUAUGCAGAAAGCGUUUUAACAAAAAAUCAAAUCUAAAUGUUCAUUUGAAAUUUCAUGAGAAACAUCGUGAUGAAGAAGGAAAUUAUCUUGAAUUGAAACCACGUGGUCGUAUUAGUACAAUGUUUGGUGAUGCAUUAAUGAGUCCAAGUGAUAGAGCAGCACGACAAGCUGCUGCUGCUAGAUCAAUGAAUUCAAUAAUUUAUGUACCAAAAGUUGAUGUAGCCGUUGGAAGUGAUUUUCCUGGUGCUUUCAAUUGUACUGGACCAGCUGGUGCAGCAGCUGAAGCUGCUUCACGUGUAGUUGAAUUAUACGGUCUUGAUAAUAAUAAUAAUAAUAAUGAUGAUGAUCAUCAUCAUCAUAAGAAUAAUAACAAUAUUAUAAAUAUGAAUCAUACAAAUUCUAAUAAUUUUAUUCCAGAAUCAAUUAAUUUAAAUGAUGAUUUAUGUAAUAUGGAACCUUCAGUUAAAAAACAACGUUUAACGUAAUGUAUGUAAUUGGUAAGUUGACAAACAAAUUUAUUUAAGUAUUCUGAUUCAAUUAUUUUUUCUAUAUAAACUAACGAUCUCUAUAAUUUUUUUGAUAGAUGAUUUCAGAAAGGGGUUUUGUGGAGAUUUUUAGUAAUUUUAUAGUUGAAUUCAUGAGUCAAUUGAAGUUAGACCAUCAUGAAAAACCCGGAAGCACUUAACAAUCGUUUAAUUUUAUUAUGGGGCUCCUCAGCAGUGAUGUAGAGGUUAAGCGUCCACGCGCGAAACUAACAGGUCCUGCGUUUGAAUCUCGCGAAGCGGGGUCGUAAAUGCUCACUGCUGAGGCUUCCCGUGAUAGGACGAAACGGCCGUCCAGUGC